AUGGCUGCGCAGGCUCAGUGCAUCCUCCACAGCUGCUUGGGGAGGGCCCCGAGCGGCUGGAUGGGCCCGUCCCGCAUCUCGGGGCCCAUCCCCCCAGACCAAAAAAAAAGCCCUGACUACUACCGGCGGCCGGCCUCGGCUCAAGGGCGAAAAAAAAAAAACGCGCUGAAGCUGGACUUGCUGACCUCGGACCGGGCCCUAGACGCCACCGCUCCCUGUGGCCCCCGCAUCGGUCCCGGUGCGAAAAAAAAACUGGAGCGCGGCCGGCGCGGCGUCGGGGACGUGCUGUUAAAAAAAAAGGGGAUCUCCCUAGGUCCUGGGGCCUCUCUCAAGAGGAAGGACCCUAAAGACCAUGAGAAGGAGAACCUGAGGCGGAUCAGGGAGAUAAAAAAAAACUUCAGAGAACAGGAGCGCAGCCGAGAGCAUGGACAGCAAAAAAAAAUGAAAGCUCUGUGGCGCUCACCCAAGUACGAUAAGGUGGAGUCCCGGGUCAAGGCCCAGCUCCAGGAGCCUGGGCCUGCCAAAAAAAAAGAGUCUGCACACUUCCUGCGGGCGCACUCCCGCUGCGGAAAAAAAAACCCACCACCCCGUGUACCUAGUCCCCAGCCAACACCACAAAAAAAAAAAGCUAAGGAGCCAGGCCUGGGGGUGGACUUCAUUCGUCACAAUGCACAAGCUGCGAAGAGGGAAAAAAAAAGGCAUUCCCGCUCGCUGCAGGUCCUGGCACAAGUGCUAAAAAAAAAACGGCAGGCCCAGGAGCACUACAAUGCCACACAGAAGGGAAAAAAAAAGCAUUACUUGUUGGAGCGCAGGGACCUGUGGCAGCGGGAGGCUGAGGCUCGCAAGCAGAGCCAGCCAGACCCUGCCAAAAAAAAAAGCCACACGCGCAUGCCUGAAAACCAGCGGCUGGAAACACUGACCAAGCUGCUCCAGAGCCAGAGCCAGCUGCUGCGUGAGCUGGUACUGCUGCCUGCCGGGGCAGACUCACUGAGAGCCCAGAGCCACAAAAAAAAACUGGAUCGGAAACUGGUGCAGGUAGAGGAGGCCAUCAAAAAAAAAAAUCGGCCCAAAGUCUUUGUGAAGAUGGAUACCUGA